GUCCGGGCUCAAAUUAGAUCCUUCUCUUUGCUGGGCGCCCGGGCGCGCCCAGUGCAGAUUGCUAAACUCCAGAGUCGGGGAGAAAUCUGGGAGGAGGUGGGUCGCCACACCCCCCGGUGCCUGCGAGUUUUCUUGGGAGCCCAGGGGUGCCGGGCACACGCCACCGAGAUGCUGGGCCCUCGGCUCGUGACCGCCGCCCACCUCUUCUGCUUAUGGAGCUCGGUGCUGGCCGCCACCUCCGGGCCCAGGUUUCUGGUGACAGCCCCAGGGAUCAUCAGGCCUGGAGGAAAUGUGACUGUUGGGGUGGAGCUUCUGGAGCACAGCCCUGCACAGGUCACUGUGAAGGCAGAGCUUGUCAAGAUGGCAGCCAACCUCACCAUCUCUGUGCUGGAAGCAGAAGGAGUCUUUGAAAAAGGCUCUUUCAAGACACUUACUCUUCCAUCACUACCCCUGAGCAGUGCCGAUGAGAUUUAUGAGCUCCGUGUCACCGGACGUGCCCAAGAUGAGAUUUUAUUCGCAAAUAGUACGCGCUUAUCAUUUGAGACCAAGAGAAUGACUGUCUUCAUUCAAACAGACAAGCCCCUGUAUAAGCCAAAGCAAGAAGUGAAGUUUCGGAUUGUUACGCUCUUUGCAGAUUUUAAGCCUUAUAAAACCUCUUUAAACAUUCUAAUUAAGGACCCCAAGUCAAAUUUGGUCCAACAGUGGUUGUCAGAACAAAGUGAUCUUGGAGUCGUUUCCAAAACUUUCCAGUUGUCUUCCCAUCCAGUACUUGGUGACUGGUCCAUUCAAGUUCAAGUAAAUGACCAGACAUAUUAUCAGUCAUUUCAGGUUUCAGAAUAUGUGUUACCAAAAUUUGAAGUUGCUUUGGAGAUACCAUUAUAUUGUUCUUUAAAUGCUAAGAGUUUAAAUGGUACCAUCACAGCAAAGUAUACAUAUGGGAAGCCAGUGAAAGGAGAUGUCACACUUACAUUUUUACCUUUAUCCUUUUGGGGUGUGAAAAAAAAUAUUACAAAAACAUUUAAGAUAAAUGGCUCUGCAAACUUCUCUUUCAAUGAAGAAGAGAUGAAAACGGUCAUGGAUUUUUUGGAUGAGCCUCUUGAACACGUGUAUCCGUCUCCUGGGCCAGUAGAAGUUUUAGCCACGGUGACAGAAUCACUCACAGGUCAGCAGACGUGGAAAAGUGCAGGUAUCUCAAGAAAUGCAAGCUCCAAUGUAUUUUUCAAACAACAUGAUUACAUCAUUGAAUUUUUUGAUUAUGCUACGAUCUUGAAGCCAUCUCUCAACUUCACGGCCACUGUGAAGGUAACCCGUUCUGAUGGCCAUCAACUGACUCCUGAAGAAAGAAGCAAUCAUGUAGUCAUAACGGUGACACAGAGAAACUAUACUGAGAAACUGUACUGGAGCAGAUGGGACAGGACAGAUCAGGAAGUAGGGACUGUCCAGGUCACAAAUCAUACUGUCCCGCAAAAUGGAAUCUUCAAGAUUGAAUUCCGAAUCCUGGACGAUUGCAGUGAGCUGCAAUUGAAGGCCUCUUUUCUGGAUAGUGUGGAUAGCAUCGCAGUUCACGGCAUGUUUAAGUCUCCUAGUAAAACAUACAUCCAGCUAAAAACAAGAGAUGAGAAUAUAAAGGUGGGAUCACCUUUUGAGUUGGUGGUUAGUGGCAACAAGCAAUUGAAGGAGUUAAGCUACAUGGUGGUGUCCAGGGGACAGUUGGUGGCUGUAGGCAAGCAAAAUUCAACAACCUUCUCCUUAACACCAGAAAAUUCUUGGGCUCCAAAAGCCUGCAUCAUUGUGUAUUACAUUGAAGAUGAUGGGGAAAUUAUAAAUGAUGUUCUCAGAAUUCCUGUUCAGCUUGUUUUUAAAAAUAAGAUACAGCUGUUUUGGAGUAAAGCUAAUGCUGAACCGUCUGAGAAAGUCUCUCUGCGGAUCUCUGUGACACAGCCAGGCUCAGCAGUCGGGAUUGUAGCUGUCGACAAAAGUGUGAAUCUGCUGAAUGUCUCAAAUGAUAUCACAAUGGAAAAUGUGGUCCAUGAAUUGGAACUUUAUAACACAGGAUACUAUUUAGGGAUGUUUAUGAAUUCUUUUGCAGUCUUUCAGGAGUGUGGCCUCUGGGUAUUGACAGAUGCAAACCUUGUGAAGGAUGACAUUGAUGGUGUUUAUGACGGUAUCGAUCCGGUCCAGUUUUUGGAGAAACAGGAAGGAUACUUGGUCGAUUUUCAUGACUCUUCCUCAGGUAGCAGUCCACGUGUCAGAAAGCAUUUUCCGGAGACUUGGAUUUGGCUAGACACCAACAUGGGUUCCAGGAUUUAUCAAGAAUUUGAAGUUACUGUACCUGAUUCUAUCACUUCUUGGGUUGCAACUGCGUUUGUGAUCUCUGAGGAUUUGGGUCUCGGACUGACAACUGCUCCAGUGGAGCUACAAGCCUUCCAGCCAUUUUUCAUCUUUUUGAAUAUUCCCUACUCUGUCAUCAGAGGUGAAGAAUUUGCUUUGGAAGUAACCAUAUUCAAUUAUUUGAAAGAUACCACUGAGGUUAAGGUGAUCAUUGAGAAAAGUGAUGAUUUUGAUAUUCUGAUGGCUUCGAAUGAAAUCAAUGCCACAGGACACCAGCAGACCGUCCUGGUUCCCAGUGAGGAUGGAGCGACUGUUCUUUUCCCAGUUAGGCCAACACAUCUGGGAGAAAUUCCUGUCACGGUCACGGCUGUCUCACCUGCUGCUUCUGAUGCCGUCACCCAAAGGCUUUUAGUGAAGGCUGAAGGAAUAGAAAAAUCCUAUUCACAAUCCAUCUUACUAGACUUGACGGACAGCAGGCAACAGACUUCCCUGAAAACCCUGAGUUUCUCCUUCCCUCCUCAUACAGUGAGCGGUAGUGAAAGAGUUCAGAUCACUGCGAUUGGAGAUAUUCUUGGUUCUUCCAUCAAUGGCUUAGCCUCACUAAUUCGGAUGCCCUAUGGCUGUGGUGAACAGAACAUGAUAAAUUUUGCUCCAAAUAUUUAUGUUUUGGAUUACCUGACUAAAAAGAAACAACUGACAGAGAAUUUAAGAGAAAAAGCCCUUUCAUUUAUGAGGCAAGGUUACCAGAGAGAACUUCUCUAUCAGAGGGAAGAUGGCUCUUUCAGUGCUUUUGGGGAUGAUGACCCUUCUGGGAGCACGUGGUUGUCAGCUUUUGUUUUGCGAUGUUUCCUUGAAGCUGAUCCUUACAUAGACAUUGAUCAGAACGUGUUACACAGAACAUACACUUGGCUCAAAGGACAUCAAAAGUCGAGUGGUGAAUUUUGGGAACCUGGAAGAGUGAUCCACAGUGAACUUCAAGGUGGCAAUAAAAGUCCACUAACUCUUACGGCUUAUAUUGUGACUUCUCUCCUGGGCUAUAAAAAGUAUCAGCCUAAUAUUGAUGUGCAGGAGUCUGUCAACUUUUUGGAGUCUGAAUUUGAUAGAGGAAUUCCAGACAAUUACACGCUGGCUCUUGUAACUUAUGCGCUGUCAUCUGUGGGGAGCCCUAAAGCCAAGGAAGCUUUGAAUAUGCUGACGGGGAGAGCAGAACAAGAAGGAGGCAUGCAAUUCUGGGUGUCAUCAGUGUCCAAACUUUCUGAAUCCUGGCAGCCAAGCUCCCUGGAUAUUGAAGUUGCGGCGUACGCACUGCUGUCACACUUCCUGCAGCAUCAGGCUGCCGAGGGAGUCCCAAUUAUGAGGUGGCUCAGCGCACAAAGAAAUAGCUUGGGAGGUUUUUCAUCUACCCAGGACACCAUUGUGGCCUUGAAGGCCCUGUCUGAAUCUGCAGCCCUCAUGAACACAGAAAGGACAAACCUCCAAGUGACUGUGAUUGGGCCCAGCUCACCGAGUCCUGUAAAGUUUCUGAUUGACACACAGAACCGCUUCCUCCUCCAGACGGCAGAGCUUGCUGUGGUGCAGCCAAUGGCAGUUAAUAUUUCCGCAAGUGGUUUUGGAUUUGCUAUUUGUCAGCUUAAUAUUAUUUAUAAUGUGAAAGAGUCUGGAUCUUCUAGAGUCCGAAAAUCGAUCCAAGAUCAAGAAGCCUUUGAUUUAGAUGUUGCUAUAAAAGAUAAUGAAGAUGAUAUCAAUCACUUGGAUUUGAAUGUGUGCACAAGAUUUCUGGGUCCAACGAGAAGCGGCAUGGCCCUUAUGGAAGUUAACCUCCUCAGUGGUUUUACCGUGCCCUCAGACGCCAUUCCCCUGAGUGAGACCUUGAAAAAAGUGGAACAUGAUCAUGGGAAACUCAACCUCUACUUAGAUUCUGUAAAUGAAACCCAGUUUUGUGUUGAUAUUCCUGCUGUGAGAAACUUUAAAGUGUCAAAUACACAAGAUGCUUCAGUGUCCAUAGUGGAUUACUAUGAACCAAGGAGACGAGCGGUGAGAAGCUACAACUCCAGAGCGAAGCUGUCCUCCUGUGACCUCUGCGGCGACACUCAGGGCUGCGGGCUCUGUGACAGCGCGGCCUCAGCCUCCCCUUCUCCCCCUCCUGCCAGCCUCCUUUUCUGCUUCACGCUUCUGUUUUCUUUGCAAAGUUGGCUGCGACCGGUUUUUUAAGCACUCCAUGUAACGCUUUUGUUUCCAGAAGUCACGUGUGAUUGUCUUGUUUUCGUAAUCAAAUAUUGCAUCCGAUUACUCUGAUCACCGUUUUUUUUUCUUGUUAUGGGGUCGGGGGGCAAUGGUGGACAACAGGUCCUCGCAUGCAGAGCUGCAUUGAUUUCUUCUCCUGACUUCCGUGCGGAACAAAAGUCCUAAUUACUGCAGCUGUGUUUCUUCAUUUCCCCCUCUUAAAACCUUUUAGGACUUUUUUUGGACGGGCUGUUUUCUCCAGAAUAAAUGUUAUUCUAGAUGAUUCUUUUCAUUUUCUAGAGGAAAUGAGCCUAGGUUCUUAAGCUUUGCUUUACAUCAGCGUCUGCUUAGUAUCAACAGUGAUGGAUUUCCUGGGAGCAAGGAGAAAACACCCUGAGGGCGGAGCUUGUUCUGUCUCUUCUGUACCAGCCUCAGCCUCUGCCCACCACGCCCGCCCCUCUGGUCUCAGUACAUCCUUCUUAAUCAGGUAUUACUUGGACAUAGAUGGUGAUUCUUUUUUUUUUUUUUUAAAGGGAAAUAAAUGGUGGUUUUCCACUCCAGAUGUGGUCACAUACCCCAGCCCUAACCUUCUUCGGUUUUCCCUCUGGAGAGGAGAAGAGGGAGGAUGCGCUUUGCUGUGCCGCCCGCGGUUCAGAGGUUGAGUGUGCUGGGAAGUGCCCGGAGGGCCCCCAGGCACGUUCUCCUCUCGGACCCCAGCCCCACACACGGGUUCUGUUCAGACAGCAUUGCAACAGGUGCCUUCUGUGACUUGGACCAGAAGAUCCCGGAUCAGGAGGCACAUGCCAGCUAGUCAUGGGGGAUGCUAAGCCAAGGGGAGUGACAGAAUCCUGUCUGCGACACAGCAGGCUGACCUCCCCAUGGUCUGGGAAAGAAGGUGGGGUUUGACAAGGAUCAGAGAGAUGUGAAGUACGAUAGGGCACUGGCCAGGGUCCUGUGGAACCUUCUAGACUCAGAUGUCUGAGUGUCAGACUACCAGCUGUCUGGUAACGUCUAAUACUUGCUCUGAAUCUUACAGAAGAUUCUUAAAUUUUGAGCACCUGGGUCAUUGGUUCCCCGGUAUUUGGAAGGAUAAUAUUCAUUUAUCUGGGUGAAAACUUUAAAGAAGUUUUCUUCCUUCUUCCCCCUUCCCUGUUUUUUCUCUCUUCCUUCUUUCUUCCUUUCCUUGCCAUCUUCCUUUCUUCUUUUCCUUUGAAACAUAUUGAAAUAUUUUAGACAUGUCAAAAACAGUUUAAAGAUCUUUUACUAAAUCUAAAAAGUGGUUUAAUUUCACCCCCAAACUCCAGUGCAUUUCUCUCAAAAGGACGUAGAACCAUGAUUGCCAUGGGCUCCCAAGAGACUGCAUUACAUACAGUAUUUUCGUCUGUUUAAAAGUAAAUCCAAAAAUAAAAUAUGCAAAUAGUAUCUUUUAAAGUGAAUAUUUAAAAGAAUGUUGUCAUUUUAGUGAAUUUAAAGAAAUUACAGUGGGGUGGAUAUUCAGGGAUUGUUUAAUGGAUAUUUUGGAAGCAAAGGUAGGAAUUUCCAGCAUUCAGUAAUUUUUGAAAGCUUGAAAUCUGUAUAUAGAAAAGAGAUGCUAAAAGAAAGAUCUACGGAGAAAGCUGGUAAAUAUCAAACAUAUGAUUUCCUUUUCAGUAGGGAAAAGUUUUCAGUUGUGUUACGCCUUUGAAACAGUCUGAUCUGAAAAAGGCUCUUGUGUUUGUCCUUCCUGCGUGGGGAUUUCGGCUUUUAUAUCCUAGGCUUUCUUUGGAGGUGAAAGUGUCUUGUAAGAAAGUUGGAGGAUGGUGUUGGCAAAAGAUACCCCUUCCCCCUCCCUGGCCAGGGGACCUCAGACUGACCAGCCAUAGCUCACAUUCUGUAGCUUGUUUUCUGUUCAUGCUGGACUUCUAGUGUAGAAUCCUGGAAACAAUGGAGUGGAAAGCCAUCGGAAGACGACUUGUUGCUUUUUUAGACCAUGUUUCUUCCUCACUGAAAACUAGAACUCUAGUAUGUAUUUUGUGAAUUAUUUCAGAUUUUCAGGUUAAAAGCUCACCUUGUAACUCAAAUUGCAGUGCAUCUCUUUUUAUUACAAAUGUGUUAAAAAUGAGGAGCAGGAGGGGGUCGAAGAGGAAGAAGAGAAGGAGGAGCAGGUGGAGGAGAGGGUCGCCAGCGUGGCCUUGAGCUGCAUGUGGCCCUUCUUCCUUCUGCCUCCCAGAACACUGGCUCUCCUGCAGCAGCGGGCUUGGCUUACAGGGGACCACAAAGCCACUGGGAUGCGGAAGAGAGGAGGACACGGCUUAGUAAUAAAUAGUAAUGACUCUUUUCUUCACAUGCUAUGAAUAUUAAUAUUAAAAACCUCAUUUCACCUUUAAGUUUGCUUAUGCCGACUUUUCCUUUAGAAUGCCAUCAGCUUUAUUUACUAAUAUGAACUAAGGUCCCCGUCUUCCCCACUAAGUGGGAACCUUAUUAAGACACCAGCGUAUCUCACUUCCAGUUUGGACUGGCCAGUGAUUCCAGAGACUGAACAUCGGGAGUAACUAACAGCCACAUAACUCAAGGACAGAACAAUGCUGCGGUUUCACCGUCUUUCUACCUUCUGAUACAAUUCUAAGAAAGAAAUUAAAGCCCAUUAAAAUACGCUGGGCCAAUGAAAUGCUUCCUUUUAUUGGACUGCCCUGUUACACUUGUCACUUAUACACGCAAUACUAUAUUCUACACAUGGGAAUUUUUCGGGAUUGUAUAUAGCAAUUCUCCCUGCUUCCAUUUGUUUUAAGCUGGCUAUAUAUAUAUUUUUCAAGUUGUAUUUAACCAUACUUUUUGUUUAUAUUAAAUUUAGUUAUAAAUAGUCUGGCAAUCUAAUGCUAAUUAUCUUUAUUUUGAUAUAGUUCAAUUAGUUUGAUGUAAUUCAGUUUGACACCAUUCGACAUUUCUGGCUGUCCUAUGACAUUUUUUAAAAAUUGGAGCUAUGAUUUGUCUUUGUCAUUCUUUAAAGGCGCCAUUUCAUUAACCAUGUAAUCUGGAGUUCUUUGUAACAGCCUUACUUUUUCUAAUUUGCUUUAUUGAAGUUUAAUACUGAAUUCUAUAAAAAAAAUAUGGUGUAAAUAUCUCCUUGUCAAGGUUUCUUAACAUAAGGACAGUACUUAUUUCGGGUUUGUCAAGUGGCUACCAUGGGUCCAGAUACCCUUAUGUAUAUUCUUCAGUGCAUCAUUUUCUUGCACUUUGUAAAUUUGAGACCCUUACAGUAAGUGGACUCACUCUUGGAUUAAGCUUCGGAACCUUAUAUAUCCUCAGUAAGGGCUUCUGUUAGAUAGAAGUAUAUUCCUAUUUUUCUUUGUUUUCAAAUUCCAAUAAGGCAUAGAUAGCACUUUUAAGAACUUAAAAUUUUUCUAUCAUCUAUUCAAAUGAUAUUCGUGUUAAUAUUAAAUAUCUUAAGUUACAUUGGGAGUAAUUUGAGGUGCAAUUAUUUUUAUCGUGACUUUGAAUAGAGGACUGUUAUCCUACUUUCUUCCGGAAAGUAAGCAGUAAAUAUAUAUUUUUAAUGAAGUAUGUGUGAGUGAGAGUAGGCUUGUUUCAAAACUCUCUCUGGCCAUUGAGUUGUGUUUUCAUGUGCCUCAUCAAAAGACAGCGCCACGUUGUGUUAUUCUGUAAAAUGUUGCCAUUUCAUUUCCAUGAUUGUAACACAGGAAAAUAGAUGUUUUCUAAGUUCUUACUUCAAAGGACGCUUAUACACUGGUAUGUGUGUGUCUCCGUAAUGGGGAUGAUACUGACAUAUGUGUCGCUACAUAUUUAAGAAUAAUUCUGUCUCACGUUGCCAUGAAGCCAUGAUUUACCACUCUUCUGCCCAUGUAUUGAAUCGACGGUGGAAGAUUGUUCCAUGUUCUACUUACAGCUCUUUAAGAUUUAUCUUUGCUAGGUUUAAUAAAGAGUGGCUCUGUUCUGGUCUUUCAAGCCUUUAUGUUUUGAAUUUUUAAAAUAGUAGGGUAUAGUUGAUGUGGUAGAGACAAUUGUUUUUUGUACACAGGAAGUAUUACAAGAUUUUAUUCAUAAAUCCUCUCUUUUAUAAAGCUGUUUUGCAUAUGAGAAAGAUACUGUUGAAAUAAAAUAUUAUUUUUCCAGAAACUAAAGCUUUCUAUAUGGAACCAGGGUGAUUCUGAAAGUUUAAAUUUUAGGUGUUCAAGUAUUAUGUUGUUGUCAAUUGUACUUGAAUAUGUAUUCAAUAGGAAACCAUGAUUUAUCAAUAAAAAUGAACA